AUGAAUGCCCAGUCAUCGCUUAUUUCAAAGGACUUAAACAAUAACUAUACUGGGAUCGAUUCUUCUCAAAGUAAAACUAUCGAUCUAUUACCAGAUAUUGAUGAACAACAACAAUUCAAUCAAAAUAAUCAUAUCAAUUUACCAAUUAUUGAAACCAUUCAAGGAUUAAAUGAAUUGCCUAAAAUCAAUAAAAAAGGUUAUCCAUCUGGUAUUUAUUAUUUUAAUGGUUCCAUGCAUUUCGAUUUAAACAAAUUUCAUAAAUUUCAUAAAUUACAACGAUUUGACAAUCAAUUAUUUACAAUCAAUUUUUGGAUGAAACAUUCACCAAUAUUUAAUAAACAAUAUAAUGAAAAGAAUUUACUGAAUAAUCGGGAGAACAUUUUAUGCAGUUCCGAUGAAUAUGAAAAGAAUCGGCAUCAUUUCGCUGUGUUUCUGCACAAUUGUAAACUGGUUGUAUUGAUACGUCGUGAACCAACCAAUGAAUUCACCCUAUAUUCUGAUUCGUCUCAAUUACUUCCAUCUCAAUGGCGUUUCGAUGUCGACGAAGUAUGCGAUUCGAAUUGGCAUCAUUAUUCGUUGACCUAUCGUCCACCAGAAACGACAAUUGUAAAUGGACAAAAGACACUUUCAUCCAACUCAGAAAGUGAUAUUGAAUUACAAUUAUAUUUGGAUGGAAGAUUAGUACCAAAUAAUCCUGAACUGGUGCAAAUUGCUGAAAAUAUGCCUAUGCAUGGACGUAGUGCUCAAUUCGCUCAACAUUUUGUCGGUUAUCUUGCUGGUUUAACCUUUACAAAUGGAUAUAUUCAAUCAGAUGAGGAAAUACUUUGUCUGACCAACUGUGAACCACGUCUAAUUAUCAACGAUCCAACAUCAAUCAGUUCAAACACUAAUCGUUUCGAUACAACAAAUAUUCGUAAUUCUCAUUUGAAUAGUAUCAUUAUUCAAGCUAAAAGUUUAAAUGAAUUAUCGAAAAUUCUAAGAAAUGUGACAUUUUACAAUCCAAGACUACAAUAUAAACCACGAUAUCGACCGGAACCAGUGGCUAUACAAUUAAAUACUUUGUUUGCCUAUGCAACAGAUUGUGAAAUGCCCUCAACAUUUAAUCAAGUAAUUCUAAUUAGUCCAUUACCUCCAACUAAACAAACAUUAAUUUUACUUGAUACAUUGAAUUCAAAUAUUCGUACGGAUCGAUACCUUCAUAGGCGGUACCAUAGUCAUAAUCAACCAAAUCACGGUUAUCAGCAAUCGAAUGUUCAUCAAACGACAGAAAAACAACAACAAUUCCAUGAGUAUGAACAGAAACAUGAAAAAGAGAUCCCUGAAAAACUGUCUACCAUUAAGUUACCAGCUUCUACUCAACUAAACCAAUCGAUACGUCAGUCAUUCGAUGAAAUAUCAACAUCAUCAUCAAUCAGUUCACUAGUACUGUUUAAUACAGAACAAUAUGAACAUAUGAACAAGACAUUCACAUCGAGAAAUGUCACAUUAAGUAGUUUAUCUACUGGAGUCUAUAUAUUUCCAUACAUAACAAUCAUGUGGAAGACCCCAUUGGAACUGUUGAAUUCACAUAAUACAUGUAAGAAGAAAUAG